AUGAUCGCUAAGAUCGCAGCCCUACUCUGCCUAUUCGGUAUGGCUCAAGCCGGCUACGGUACCGGUCUCGGCUACGCAUCAGGUCUUGGUUAUGGAUCAGUCGGCUACCAUGGGUAUUCACCAUCGUAUGUGUCAUAUGCUCCUGCUAUCUCAUCUGUUUCGAGGUAUGACGUACAUUCUCCGGUAGCGUCCUACGGGUAUUCUCCUGUUUCCUAUGGCGGUUACGGAGGAUACGGUGGCAUCUAUGGAUAUGGUCACGGUACUUAUGGUGGUUAUGGUAGCAAAUACUUGUGGUAAAAAAUAAUUGUAAGUAGCUUUUUUGUGGAUUACCU